AUGACCGCGAAAGCUGAAACUAUUUCUGAAAGUGUUUACCAUGUUAUGCUUAUGGUCGCCCCGGCAAAGGCUCCAAAGGGGCAGAUUGAAAAGAUACGAGUCCUAGGUACCUACACUUCUAUUAGAAAAGCCAAGGAUGCUGCACAUCGUGGGCUCUUCGACAGCGGAUACGAGCGAGAAUGGUUCUCGUCCUUUGAGACAAAGCCCGAGGCGCUGGAAGACCUCGCAGCCUCGGAGGGAACGGGGCUUGCAGUUUAUGCCGUUGCGUCGGAUGGUACGAAGUUCAGACUUCGUGUAUCGACAUCUCCGAACGACUUGGAGUUGACGAGUGAUAAUGAAAACGGACGGGUUGUAAUUCCACUUUAUUAUGUGGUGCAGACCAAUGUUCCCUAUUGCACCCACGAACGGAAGCCAACCCAUGACACCCAUAUUGAAGGGGUGUUCAAGUCCUAUGCAGACGCUCGGAAAUUUGCGAGCACUUUGCUACUUUCAGAGGAGGAUGGAGUCAAAGCCUCCAGCUACCAGGAGUACACUGAGGCUGCUAUGAAUGAAAGAGACUGCGAAUUUGGGGAGAAUGUGGUGGUGCACGCGGUAGGCGGCAAUGAGGAGAAUUAUUUCGUUAGCGUCGUGACAGGUCAGGAGCUUGAAAGUGUACGACUUCGAGAAGCAUCUCUCAAAAUCUGA